CCUGGUUGUAUGGCAGGGCGCAGUCUGCUGCUGCCUCUGCUGCUGCUUCACCCAGCCAGCCCUGCCUUUAAACUUUUCUCUGGAUUACUGCUUUGAUCGAUUUCGUCGCUGAAUGAGAAAAUAUUGCUCGGUGCUCUGCAUUCGUCGUCAGAGGAUAAGGUUCACCCGAGGAGGCCAUUGGCGGAGAGGCGUCACGUGACCACGGGGUGCCAAUGUUAUUCUACAAGGGUGUCAAGACCCUGUCAGUUUCUGAAAUAAAUAUUGGGAAACGGCGAGAUGCAAAAGGCAACCUACUACGACAGCUCCGCAAUUUACAGUGGCUACCCAUAUCAAAGCGCAAAUGGCUUCAGUUAUGAUGCCAAUCAGGUCCAAUAUCCCCGGGCCUCUCAUGUGGAAAGUGAGUACCAUCGACCUGCCUGCUCCCUGCAGUCUCCUGACGGCUCCGUGGCGCUGCAGAAGCCGGGGGAGAUGGCGGAGAGCUGCGACAGGACCACAGCCAUUCAGGCGGCGCAGUCUAAGGUUCAUCCCGAAAGCAAUCAACCGCAGGUGCCGGUGUCAGGCCCACCCCCUCCCUCACAAUCCCCCGGUGCUAUCAGCCAAAACACGAGCAACGGGUCCAACCAGCCCAGUGCCAAGAACGGCUCCCCGACCUCUGGCGCUCGCAAACAGAUCUUCCCCUGGAUGAAGGAAUCCCGUCAGAACACCAAGCAGAAACCCACCAGUAGCUCCAGUUCAGUGGAGAGUUGCCCCGGAGACAAGAGUCCUCCGGGGUCAGCAGCAUCGAAGAGGGCCCGGACAGCUUACACCAGCGCCCAGCUAGUGGAGCUGGAGAAGGAGUUCCACUUUAACCGGUACCUGUGCAGACCCCGGAGGGUGGAGAUGGCCAACCUGCUCAACCUCACCGAGAGACAGAUCAAAAUCUGGUUCCAGAACCGCAGGAUGAAAUACAAGAAGGAUCAGAAAGGCGUCGGAAUGAUGCCUUCCCCUGGCGGACAGUCCCCGCGGAGUCCCGUGGGCCCGGCCUCCGGUGGUGGCGGCGGUGGAGGAGGCGGAGGAUACCUCAACUCUAUGCAUUCUCUUGUAAACAGUGUACCUUAUGAAUCCCAGUCGCCGACGUCUUACAAUAAACCUCAUCAAAAUGCAUACGGUAUGGCCACGUCAUAUCCCCCUCCUUUGAACAGCUCCCUCAACAACUGCCCGCCCUCCCAGAAGAGGUAUCCCGGGACCGACUCGGCCACGCCCGAGUAUGACGCGCAUCCUCUCCAAGGCAAUGGCAACUACGGGACGCACAUGCAGGGCAGCCCCGUUUAUGUCGGCGGAGGUUACAUCGACUCAAUGCCCAAUUCUGGGGCCUCUGUUUUCGGUCUGACCCACCUCCCGCACCCGCCGUCCGCGAACAUGGACUACAAUGGAGCAAUCACAAUGGGCAACAGUCAGCAUCACGGAGUGUGUGAUCCGACACCGACGUACACAGACCUAACGCCGCACUACUCUCAGGGAAGAAUCCAGGAAGCGCCUAAACUGACGCAUCUGUAGCGGUGGCGCUGCCCGGAUCACUCCGCCCAUUGUCUUACCCACCUCCAGACACAUUACUGCUUUGUUUCUGCGCCUCCUCACGGCUUCCACCUUCUCUCUGCUUUUGUUUAUGUUUUCUAUAGUUUGAUGUGUGAAGUAGCGUAGGAUAAAUAAUCACGACUUGCUUGAAUUUUUCUCUAUUUGCUCGUGUCAUUGUCUCACAAAGACCUUUAUCUGGGCUGUAGGACGUCUAGUGCGGGAGGGAGGGGGGCACACUAUAUGCAUAGGCCUAUUUAAUCUUUUUUUUUUUUAAAUCUUGUUUUAAUAUUGACACUCAAACAGGGUAUUAUGAACGUAUGUUAUUCAUUUUAAUGUGAAUUUGUCCGUCUUUUAUUUAUCCGCAGUUGAAGAAUUGUGUUUUGCAUUUUGUUGCACUUGUGAAGCCACGAGCUUGGAUUAUGAGGGAAAAAAAAUAUUUUUCAAAAAACAAGGGUCAUGAGCUAACACGCAACCUCCCUUGCUUGUGUUUUGUUCUAUUGGACUUUCUGAUGUUAUUUAUUUUUGUUUUGGUGUAAAGAUAAAAUAGUCCUUUAGUAUUAUUUGACACCCCUGCCAUCUUUGUGUGGGGAGAAGGUUGGUGCAUAUUAGCGUCUCGGCCCUUUUCCAGCCCCAUACAUGUAGUCUACUCUGCACAAGCUCCCAGCAGCAGCAGCAGCAGCAGCUCACCAUGUUGCUAUUAUAGCCUAUGUUUCCAUAUUUUUUCUUCUUCUUCUUCGAGGAGGUGUUUUAUUUUCCCAGCGAAUGUAAAGUCAAUCAGUCAUUGCAAUAAGGGUGGAAAGAAGGACACACGUUAGCAGUUUCUUUAUUGAAGAAAAAAAAGAAACAGACAUCAUCAAAUUUUUUUUCUCGAUGUCAUACAUUCCAUGCUGCUCCAGU